UAACUUUAAGAUGUUUUCUUGUUCAUGUUUUUGUUUGUUGCGGUUGCACCCGAUUCAAGAGCCGAAUGGCUUGCAGGGCUAUACCAAAUAAAUGGGACUAUGCUCUUGGGAAACCUGCUUACUUAGCGAGUAAAUGAGAAGCGUAAAAUACAUUGGGGUUUUAGGAAAUAAUGAAGCUGGUGCCACAUUCAGGAAAGGUUAUUGGGGGGGCACAAUUUUAAAGAUUGAAGAGAAAACAUGCUUUAAACAAAGAAAAACGCUUUAAUUUGCAUACUUUUGUCACCAAUAUUUAUAUAUGUCCAGAUAAUUGGAUGGCCACUGAAACAUGAUUUGUAUUGCUUGGAGAAACAACUCAAAAUGCGGAAAUUUGUAUACCCUGGGGAAGCUUUUUAAUGUAUGUGUGUUGAACUUCCUUAACAGCGUGCUAAUCGGAUGUGUGAAAAUUAUGUGGAUUGGGAUGAAAAUAAUGAAAGGGGGCAAAAAUGUAGGUGCAUGGAGUGAUUUUUGGAAAGCUGAACUUGGUGUAUAAAGCAGCUUACCGGUCGGUAUCGGAGAAGCAGAACGUUUUCAGUCGGUGAAUGUUUCUACUUUGAUGUAUGAAUAAGGAACAUUGACAAAGAAAAUGAAACAAAAGCGUAAAGCAGCAUGGCAGAUUGCAUGCUCGGAAUCACACUGCGAGAGAAGUGUGUGGAUCCGUGAACCAAUGCAGAUCAAAGCCAUUGUAUUGACUUAAGAAGGUGAACUUGGUGCAUAGCAAAUUGAGGAAGGAUGAUGGCUGAGCCACAAAACUGGUGGUAGCCAGAGGUGAAAAUGUGCUUGAGAGUGACCACCAUGGAGAUGGAGCAAUGCGGUACACCGGAGUGAGAUGGAUAUCUUCACAGGACCGUUAUUGAUGGCAAUGACUUGGGCGCAUGCCUUCAUUUAGCGAUGGAGAGACCAUGGCUGUUUAUUGCUUUUGCAUAAGAGUACCCCUGCUUUAUAUGCAUAACACGUGACAAUCCUGUAAUACGCCUACUCAGAAUCUGGAAUUGAUGUACAGUACUUAGCAACUGAAACACAUUGAACUACCAUAGACCUUGGUUAAUGAGGCCACCCAUUGUUGCUUGUCCGUUGCACUUCAUGCCAAUUGAACGAUUCCUGACAUUUCAAUAAUAUUACAUGCAUUUACGUAAUAGAUUUUACACGUUUCCACUGAUUGCAAUAAUUUACUUUCCACUGCAAAAUAUACGGCAACUUGGAUGAGGUUGGAAAAACAGACUGAAAAUAGUUGUGCUAAAAUUGACUGUCGCAUGUUUUUAAGUUAGUUCAGCUUGCUCUCAAUGUAAUGCUGUCCACAGAUACAACACUGCCUAAUGGCAGCCUACAUUAAUAAGUAUGUGCAAUCAUUAAAAGCUUAACCAAAGUGUAUACCCCAUAUCCAGUGUGUGUACAAAAUGGGCUUGGAUAAGCAUGCCUGAGCUAAAUAAAAAAAAACUCGUGAUUUUCAAAAUAAUAUGUACUGUGGACAUACGAGAUUUGUAUUCAGCUAUGAAAUUGUAUUCCUUCUCGGCAAGUGAAAUGUGGCAACCUGGAUUAAAUGGGAAUAUUGUGUCUCCGACAUCAAAAUCUUGAGCAUGGCUGUGUCAAACAAGCUUACUAUUUUUACGAUUGCCAUACAGCUUCAAGAAUUGGGGGAUCACAAAAAUGGUGUUUGUGUAUUUAAAGGCCAGCAGUCGCAUCCUAAGCAUAUUCACAAUAGUACACCACCCACGACUAAGAUUAAUGUUAUUUAGCAUGGUAGGAAAUCUACAGUACUGUAGUCAAUGCUUAGAACCUGUAAAUCCAGGCAGAGCCUUACAGAGACACAAGGUAUUGCUUUGUUCCUACAGAAAAUAAAGGCCGUUUGCUGAACGUCUCAUAAAAAAUCCUUCAUUCGUCUGCAUGAGGCAUGAUUUUAUGAGCUGCCGAUUUUCUUUUUUAUUGUGCUAUUACCUGGUGGUACAGUGAUAUGUGCACUGCGCUACAAAUCCAGCGACCAGAGUUUGAAUCCUGACUACGGCUGGUAAAGUCCAUGAGCCUAGACCCGAUGUUUCACUUGUCAGGACCACCCAAGGUCGCAUAACAUUUGUGGUUCCAAUUUCUAGAUGUGGCCAAUGACGGCGAAUUAUGUGAUAACCAUUUGAAAUUAGUUUGUCAAGUAAUUCUCAUUAGCCAUGUACAUAAAUUUGGUACUAAAGUUUUAAGACCUUAAGUGGUACCGAUUUCUAUUAUGGACUAGCAGUGAGUAUUAUGGACUAGCAGUGAGCCCAAGGACUAGCAGUGAGUAAACCGGUUCUGGCCUUUCUCCCUUGCUUCACCAACCCACACUUACCAGCAUGGUUGAAGUAUUGUCAAACAACCCCAGUGAUCAUCAUGAGCGUGGAGCAGAUUUCAUUCAGCAGUGGAUUGACAAAGGGCUGUAAAUGAAAUGAUUGCCUUACGUGGUAUCCACGCAGCAUCAGACGAUGAGCGGCAUGCGACUUUGGAGCCGCUAUUGCUAUGGCAACUUGUGUGUUAUUGCCUUCAGUGAGACCUAGUGGAGAAUGCCAUAAUAUGAAGGCAGGGGGGCGAGUUUAAGCUGAAGUGUGCGGUUGUAUAUUUUUUAUCGACCUUUCUAUAAAUAUGGCAUUCUCUUGCGCGCAUGCGUGUGGGAUUUUUAUUUGAAAAUAAUUGUUUUUUUUAAAGGUCCAUUUUGUGCUCAGAGGCAUACCUCUCCGGUAUUCAAUGUACAAUUACAGCGUUAUAUAAUUACAGCACUUAACAAUCACAGUGCAAUGUUUUGACCACUUAAGUGACCUGCCGAGAAAAAAGCACAAAUUGGACAAUAUACAAACGGCUUUGUCUAUAUUGUCAUUAAACAGAACACCUGCAUAGGCACUUUGGCAAAUGCAGUCUGUCCUUCUGUACGAUUCAUUGGCAAUUCCUGGGUAAAUGUGAGCAAACGUGCCAUGGCGCGAUGGACAUUGCUGCUGGGAUCUGAAAUCUGUAGCUAAUGCGGUUAUUCUAGUGUGCGCGCACGCGUACUGCAUUGCAUUUCUAGAUGUACAAUGUGACUUAACACUUAAAAGGCUGCCGAGUGAAAAAACAAGCCUAAGGAUUUUUUACAAGAAAAAAACAUGAUCGGACUGGCACACGUUUAGUAGGAAGCUAGGGGGGAAACGUACUGGGGUGCAUCAUGAAUAUUCUACAAACAUGCCCAGGCGUUUAAGGGUUAAGACAAAUACACAUGAUAUAGCUUAAUUUGCUGCUGUUACCGUCGUCAAAUUUGAGUGUACAACUUUUAAAACAUCGUAGGAUUUUUUUUUAAUUUAUGAAAUCCCUAUGAGAGCCCUUCUGUUACGAAUAAAGCGCCGCAGACGGCGACAUUUCCACAGAAUAUCCUGAUAUUGUGUGACUGAGCAAGCUGCGUGUUGUAAUAUGGUGUUUUUAAUGCUCUCUUUUAAAUUUGUAAUGAGAUGGAGGCGUUUUGUGAUAAAGCGCCGGUAAAGGGCACAUUUAGCAUUUAAUGCAUGCCCAAAAGUGCACGGGAAAUUAUGCUGGUGUGUGCCAAAUACCACAAAUGGAGGAGAAUGUAAUCAAAUCAGGUCAGUUGAGCAGGUACUGCUUUUGAUGGUUGUGUGUGGGAUGAAUACAUUGUCUUGCCCUAUUCUACAUGUUUUGAGGCUUUUUCAAAUCGUGCAAAGUGGCUCUUAAGACAAAAUAGAAGAAGUUUGCUUUGGGCUGAGGACUUUGGUUAUGUUGGUACAAGGUGCAGUCGCUGGCCAAGCAGCAGCUGAGCUUACCUCCAUCGCCUCCUAAGUUGCAUCUCCUUGUGGGUUUCCAGUCUUAAAAGGCAAUGUGCAACAACAAAGACAAGACCCCCUCUUUAUGGUCCGCUGGGCCUGUGGCACACAUUCUCCCAGCUGCACACCAGAAGGUAGAUAUAGCCCAGCACUGUGCCCUGCUGCUGCCUUUGUUUCCACGGCAUUGAGGUUGGCACUUAUUUUAAGAUUAGUCAACUGAGUAGGUCGAUGCCAAGUACAAAACCGCCUUUAGUUUAGAAAAGUCAAGCGCAUUAGGUCUGUGGCUCGGCAACAUUGAGCUACGUGCCGAUAUAUAUUUUUUUUAGUAAAUACUGAGUGGUGUCUUCCCUGUAUAAAUGUGGAUCAACAGACUGUUCACAUCCUCGGUGUAGUUUUUACUCACAAUAGGCUAUUAUUAUUCUGGACAAAUAUCCUAGCAGAUUAGGUUAUGUUGAGCAGAUAAAUUAGAAUAAAAUGUAUCCUAAUUUGACAAACAUUGUGGGUCAUGUAAGGCUUCACUUGGAAGACUGCAAUCUGGAUGGUAGCUGGUAAAUAUUGCUCUCCACGAGACCACCCAACCAUUGGGCUAACACGAGGCACUUUUUUUCCCCGCGGAGGGAUUUUGCAAGUAGUGCUUUUGUCGUGGGAGGGGCAAACUUAGGCUGCCGUUGAAUCUGCGCAUCCUUAAAUAGUGCCACCACUUUAGUUGAUUUUGCUUUGGUCAAAUAUUUGUGCUCUCGUGUGUUUUCUGUAUGCAAAAAAAUACCCUUUGUGUGUUAAGCAGCCAAGAGAAUGAAUAAAAUAAGGAAUUUAAUUUUUGAUACAGCACCCCAAAACUGCAGCCAAUGAAAUAAACAUAAAAUAGGCUAUGUCUUCAUCUUAACAGAAAUUAUGUUCACAAUGACAGUAACUGAUUUCCUAACCUCUGAAUUCUCACUUUGAUUAAUGGUAAACGCAUCUUGAAAAGGCAAAACAGCCUCGAGUAAAUCGUGUUAAAGCACAAAGAAGAUGCUUACCGAUGUUAUACAUUUUACUAUUUUUUUACAUUCGUGUUAAUGCCCAGUAAGAAAUACCAAAUGUCCUGUUAGAGUGCGGUUUGUGUUGUAACAGAUGUGAAUCGGCAGCUUGCGGAAGGAAGGACCGUGUUUACCUUUGAGCUUUACGUAAGGAAUCUGCUGCUGGGAAUAAAAUGCUAAGGGUGCCAUAUGGUCACAGGGGAGGAUAAUGAGGCGAAUGAAAUCACGUGUCUUAUUGUGUCGGGUGCACAGUGUCCGCAGGUUCUUUGAGAGAAAAUGCAGUCGUUCAGCGAGCAGCUGGGUAUAACCAACCCCCAACCAGGAGGAUUAAGAGAGGGUUACCAAGCGACGGGCCAGUACCGUGGCUUCGAACAGCAGCAGCAGCAACAGCAGCAACAGCAACAACAGCAGCCACCGCCCCCAUCUGCCUCCGGGGCGGGGGACUACUACAGCAGCCAGCACCCGUACCACAGCUAUCUGAACAAUCCCAGUGGAUAUUACUACACCGGGGCCAAGCCACCGCAGGCCGCGCAGUCGGCCACGGGACUUGGUAAUUACCUCCCGGCACAGGAUGGCAACUACAUAGGACAGUACAACAGCGAAGGGCAGCUGCAGUGGAGGGGCCCGCGGUCGACACCGCUGCCGUAUGCUCUAUAUGAGCAGGACCGCUACAGCAGCCCCUUCUCCUCGCCGCACUACCAGCAGACGCAGGCACCAUCGCAGCAGUCUGUGCAGGGCGUGCGGACAGUGCAGCUGCAGCACUCGGGGGGUGCCCAGCAUCCCCCGCCUGCCCCGACGCCCCUCUCCCAGCACCCUCCGCCAGCGCCAACGCCUCUGUCGCAGCACCCAGCGUCAACCCCGACAUCGCUGACGUCUCAGCCGCCCACCAGCCUGUCCCAACACCUCUCGCAGUCCACCAUGUCACAUUCGCAACAGCAGCAACAGCAGCAGCAGCAGUCACCCCACUACCCUCCAACACCCAUGCACUUUUCGCAGCACUACCAGUCAUCUUCACCAUCCCCUUUUCAGUCUCAGCAACAUUACAACCCAAAGUCGCACCCGUUCGCCAUGUCGCAGUACGAUGCCCAUUUAACUGGAUUCCCUAGCGGUGGAGGUGGCGGCAGUUACAGUAAUCAGGGUGGUGGGUUCGGGUACCAGCAAGGAGCAGUGGCAGCCGGCUUUGAGCAAGCUCAGGCAUCACAAAAGCGGCAGUUCUCAACACCCCACAGUCAAGCUGCUGGUCAGAUUAACCUCUACAGCAAUGCAGACAUGGGGGUGAAAUCUCCCUCGCAGUUUCACCACCAACCGUUCAGCCCUGCAUCCACACACUCCCCGGCUCCACAGCAGCAGCAAAUUAAGUCCCCUCCUUACAGCUCCAACACCUCUCCCAUGGUUCAGAGCCCUGAAGGGAGCCACUAUCUUCAAACGCCCCUCGCCGGCAAUGUGAGGGGUCCCAUGACGCAGCUGCUGCACUCCCCAAACCCGUCCACCACGUUAGCAAACAGCCACUUCAAGGCUCCUGCUUUGGAUGGUGGGGUGAAUGCAGAUGUCAGGAGUGCGACCGAGUCAAGAGCGUGCAUGGACGCUAUACGAAUUAACUUGGAUGCCUUGUCCAAUUCUGACGGCAGCAAACCAGCGGGCGAUGGUAGAAAUGUUUCUGAGUGCGGACCCGGGCCAAGUUUGGACAUAAUUAGGAAAGGGACUGAUAAGAGAGCUGAUGCCAGUGGUGGUAUUAAUAUGACCGGAACAGGUUUGGACAUCAGAACGGCUUCAGAUGUCGGGGCAGGAAGUCAGGAAGCGUCACCUCUUCCUGAAAGCAGGAGGAUGGACCCGAGUCUUAGCAGCUUGAACGCUCUCAGUUCUCAGGUCGAGAACAUUCCAAACACCGUUCAACAACUGCUGCUCACGGAUCCUCUUGCAGCGCAUAAGAAGGGUGGAAAACGGUCACCAAAAAAGUCGGAAACGUUGCGUGAACAGCCAGGGAGCGUGGAAUCCUCGAUAAAAAGCAGCAACUGCAGUAGCCCGGCCGGUUCCGAACGGAUGCUGUUUGGCGAGGAGACUGAUGUUCAAAAAUCUUUUCACUUGGAGAACAAAGAUCAGCUGCACCAGAGUCAUUUGUCGUCAUCCUACAUGCUGCACCGACAGCAGCCAGCACCUAGUAUAUCUCACGGCACAGAGUUGAUCUCUCCUGUAUCUCAACCCAGACUGGUUAACAAAGACUCUGGAAACUCGGUAGGAGCUCCUAAAGAACCCAUUUCAGGAAACCACUUGACGAAGGGAGAUGGCAAAUGUCCUGGCGUUAUUGUUUCAAGGGAUGGCAUUGACAUGUCCUCAAAGGAGUACGUCGUACGUAAGGAGCAAGGUGGUGCAGUUGAAAGAAGUGACACAAACUUAGUAACCGAGAUGAAUGAGCGGUGGCCUUUUCAGUGCGUUAGCGUUAUUUCUUCGGGGAUGGAGGAUCCCACCAAACGGGAGGCGGACAGUCUGACGGGGGAAAUAAAUGUAAAUAGAGAAAAUGCUGUAAAUAUGAGUUCUCGGCCAAGUACCAGUGACUUAGUGUCCCAUGUAAACGCCACCAGCACAAUGGGCAAGUCCUGCCAAAUGGCAAUACCUGUUCAAGAAGCCAACAAUACGAGUAACGCAAAAGCUUCAGAUGCCCGAUAUCAUUCACAGUGCACAGACACCCCCAAUAAAGACCAGCAGGGUGGGUUUCCCACAAAGUAUGGACCCCCUCAGUCAUCUGACAGAUGCUCAGAUAGUGCAGAGAACAGUCGCAUUGCUUUGGAAAGUUUUAGUAGGCUCAUAGAAAAAUCUGAACACGAGCAAAUGUCUUCGAUGAAACAGCUGAUACGUGACCUGUCCAUUCCACUCCAGAGUGUCGAUAGUCAUGUUAAUAAAAGGAAUUCUGCAUCGCAACAACCUGAUCAGCUGUUGGGUUCUAAGGGCGAGUGUGUAUCAAACCAUCAAUCUGAAAUCCCCAGCAGAAAAUCUCCGAGGUCCAAUACGAGGUCUUCUGUUUUACAGUCAGCCAACAUGGAUAAAAAUCAGUCUGCUGUUGAUUUUUCACAACACAGUAAAUCUCCACAAAAACAUGCCCCUGGUAGUUACUUUAGGGGUGGUAAAACAUCGCCUGUAAGAAGCGUUGCCCACGCAAUGCCCAUCACAGCUCAUUCGGCACCAUCCGCGGCAAUGGGCAAGCCCAACCCAGUGAAUGCUUACGAUUCCAAAAAACCAGGAAGAAAUGUUGAGGCUAAAAAACUCAAAUUAGAAAUGCCUGCACAAGCGGCAAGUGCCGAGGGCAUAGAUUAUUCCAUGUCUGUUACACCUGACAGAAAGAGGUCGGGACGUAGGCCAAGUGUCAAAAAUUCAAUUGAUGGCCAGCAAAGGUCUCCUGUUCACGGUCAUACAACAAAACUCUCUCCACUAGUACACAGCGAUCAGAGUGUCAGCUUGUCGCCCACAAAACCAUCUGCAGGCAUAGACAUGACAGGGAACAAGAACACUCCGCCAACACUGCGAAGGUCUGGAAGGCCACAGUUUUCACCAACAGACAAAAAAGGAACCAUAGACGACGAUGGAAAUGAGAAGCGGAUGGAUGAGCAGGGCAGGAGGACCGAAGAUCAACAAAGUACAGAGGCUGCAGGGAAAAGGCCUUUGCGUCGAGUUAGUUCAGGCUCCGCGGCUGAAAACAUUAAAGGGCCUGGAACUGCUGGAGUGAGUGUCAGUCCUGCUACCAGCCCUCAGCUGGCAAAGAAAUUGCAGGGUCCUCCCAACAGUCCCGUGUAUCCAACAAGGAUGAGCCCACGAAAGACAUCCCCUCGUGGAAGUAUGUCUGCGGAAGAUGGCCCCAUUCUACCCGCUUCGCCCUCUAACAGGGUUUUGAGUCAGAUCAGACAAACUCCGUCGGACCACCAAAUGGUAAAUUCGACUACCAACUCUAAAGGAGAAAUGGGAGAAUCAGCAAAACCGUCUGCAUCGGCUGAUUACAGGCAGGGUAUGAAUAAACGGAAGCAGGUGUCAGAUGCAACCAUAGCCAUUGACAUGUCGAAAGGAAACUUUGCACGAAAAGAGCUUGCUUUGCGCAAUGACCAAGAAGAAAAUGACUCCAUGAAAAGAAAGUACAAACAACCAGCUAAAGACCUUUCUCUAAAGAGACCACGUUCCGAGUCGCUAGAUGCAAACGUUAACAAGCAGGCGUCGGUUGUCAAUGAGAGCCAGGUAAAAGCAACCCCUAAUUCUCACUGUAAACAAAGUCUGUCCAACCUUCCAACUCCAGGUAGGACAAAAAUUCUUCCUCCAAGAAAGAGCAGAGGACUGAAGUUGGAAGAGAUUGUCCAGAAAAUCACAUCGCCAAAACGAUUAAUUUCUUCUUCGGCCAACAAUACUCCCGAUGGGCACACAAAUAGUUCAUGUCUGGAAGCAAUUCUGUCAGGAAACACUGAUCAACAUCGUGUUAAGGUCGAGCCAGAGGAUAAAUCUGACAAUAAAUUGGCUUUACCUGCUCCGCAGCAGAAGACUAAUUUGAAUGUAAGUCCAGGUAAUGUGGGAGUAGUUUCUCCUUCUGAGAUAGUAACGAUUACAAUAGGGGACAGUGAUGAAGAGAUGCAUGGGGGGACCAACAAGGGAAUCAGAAAAGCUGCAUCCUUACAGCCAUUUAAGUAUCCAAACUCUGAUGGCAUUACAAAGCCAGGAAUGCCCCCCAUGAAGUCACCGCCCCAUGCCAUGAAUCGGGCAAAUGCAUUUUCUGCACUCCCAACGACAUCUGUAUCUCAAAAUGUAAAUGCUGCCCAAAAUAUAAUGAAGGCAUCCACCUCGUCCCCCAAGUGGUCGAGAGUUAAUUUAAACAAUGCUUACAACACAUCUUCCACAUUGUCCCCUCCUGGGCGAUCUACUUUAUAUCGCGGACCAAGGUUUCCUGCGGCACCUAAUAUGCCAACUUCGUCGAGUUAUGCUGCCAGACCCAGGACUCCUGGAAUUGUUGGCAGACCGAGGGCUCCACCUGCUAUAGUGCAACCCACUGGCUCAGGAUCAGCGACGAGACCAAUGGUUUCAAGUCCGACGUUCAGACACAAAACACCGAGCCUGGCUGUCCGCCUUGCAGCACCUGGUUCGAUGGUCAGACCAACAUUGUGUUCGCCAAACGUCAGGCUUCCAGGUAACUCUGUAAAAACAGCAUCUAAUGUCCCAGCAGUUAGGCCUUCUGCUACAGGCCCAGUCAUAGUCAGAGCAUCGGCCACAGGUUCAGGCGCAAAGCUUGCAGAGCAGCAGUGUAGGUCGUAUGCAAAGGGUUCAGACAAGCCUGUGUGUGCUAUUAAAAAAGAACCGGCAUCUGAGAGUACAGCCAAGCAUGACGCCUCUAAUACUGGAAAGGGUGAUGAGACCAGAAAGAGAAAGAUGAUCAAUAAAGGAAAGAAAUUAGGGCCAGUGGCAAAAAAGAGAAGGGGGCGACCCAAAAAGCAGUUUGGACCCAGAGUGCAGCCCAAUGAGCCCGAGAUAAAGCUUAAAUCUUUGUCUCACAGGCCUGAAGAUAAAACCGAUUCGAAAAUCAAAUGUUUCUCUCCGUACAUCAGAGUGCAAAACAAGAAUAGUUUAAAGUCCAUAUGUACUGUUGUGAACAGCAAUGACGAGGAGUCUAAAUUAGACAAACCAAAGAAAUCAUCUGGCACAGCGCUCACGCAAACGGUUUCUCACAUCGUUCCAUUGUCGUCCUGCUUUGUGAUGGGGCGAGUGGUAACGGACACCCAGAACAAGGGCGCGCUUGUGUGCUGCUUCUGCGGCUUCUCCGCCAACUUCAAAGAGCUCGGGGACCUCUUUGGCCCAUACUACCCACAAGGCCACGCACCUGCGGCAAGGAAGCCUCAGUCGGCCCCAAGCAAGGAUCGCCCGAGCGAGGAUGCCGAGGUCGCGAGCGAGACGACCCGAGUUUCGGAGGAGCCCGAGGAAGGGCACAAGGCCAGCCCUGCCGAACCGGCGGGGUCGAGCGAUCACAGAGGAACGAAGAAGCCGCGGGCAGGCUCCACGGACGAGAACUGUGCGUCGUUACGCGGGAGCACACGGGGGGCGCGCUGCCGCAAACCCAGCUGCUACUGCUGCGUGGACAGCGACGGGGCCGUGGAGAAGAGCUCGGACGGUCGCUCCAGAAAAGGGAGGAAGGAAGCGGUGGAGAAAGAGUCGCCGACUGCGGAGGCGCAGCCGCCUCCCGAGGUGCCGCUCGACAACGAGGAGUUCUGGGUCCACCAGCCGUGCGCCGUGUGGACUAGCGAUGUCUUCCUCGUCGGAGGACGGCUCUACGGACUGCUCGAAGCGGUGGAGAUUGCUCGUGACAUUAGCUGUUCCAAGUGCCAGCGGACAGGAGCCACGCUGGGAUGCCACGGCAAGGGAUGCGCCCAGCGCUAUCACUUCAUCUGUGCCAUGGAAGCGGAUUGUUUGCUAUGCGAAGAUAAUUUCCUGAUCAAAUGUGCCAAACAUAAGGGUAGAGGGAUGGCUGCUUCUGUGGAAAGCACGGAGAGGAGAUAACCACGCUCUCUUAUCACCAGAAUGGUUUCGAAGGAUUGAUGUUUUAGUAGAAAUUCUUUACCAUCUACCCACAACUUCCUGCCCUCUAGCAAUUUGCUGCCUGCACAGUUCUCCAGGAUUUUAAGAAAGGAAAAAAUAAAAAGACCUGGUGGAAUUACUGUUCAUUCACAGCUGUUUUUAUUUUAAAUGACCCACGUGAUGUCCACAUGCUGCUACUGGCCACGGACAAGACAGCCUGUAAGAACUCGCUUAUAUGACUCAUUCAUAGUCGAGUACAUUUAGCACUGACCAGGUGAUGGCAUUGUAUUGUUGUAAUAUAUAGGUCGGCUUGCCAGGAUUAUGUUACAAUUUGAGGCGUUAAAACAAGUGCGCAACACCUUUCUUAAGAGCUGCAGAAUUAUGUAUUCUUUAAACAUCAUCUGCAUAACGAUCGUUAACACCUUCAGUUUUCCCCCUGGCAAGCCAACAUUUUCAAAUAUCAAAAACGGUUAGCAAAAGUUUAAAUGAAUUUUUGUAGAAAGAUCUCCCAUUAGAAUUUAUGUGCAUCUUCUCAUUGUAAGACUGUUUUUAAUGUUUAAAAAUGUGGCCUGAAACACAGGAAAAAGAUAAUAAUGCAGAAUAAUUUGAUGGAUAAAGAGUUAACAGUUUACAAACAAGCAGGGGUUAAAUUGUAGGAGGAGCAUUGACCAUUUUCUUGGUUUUAUAAGUGGUGGAUCCGUAAUGCAGCUUAGUGCAAGUGCCGUAUCUAAACUGGGAGCAGCUGCAUUUCAAUUGGCCUUGUGAAAGAAUAAGGGAUAAACACGACACAAAUUCCCCUUACAGCUGCCACCUUCCCUACAAUUUAACCCUUGCCAAUGACAUAGUACUCAUGCCAGCGUUUACUUUUUGAUCAUGUAGUCCUUGUAGGUAAGUUAGUGUUCUGAAGCUAAGGGAAGAAGCUGUAUACAAAAGGCGGUAAAUAUGGUUAUACUGUAUUAGUUUAGUUGGAAACCACGGCAGUGUUGAAGGGGGGGGGCAGUAUUCUUGGCAUGUCACCGACUGUCGUUUGAACAAUAAAAUAUACACACAACGUCCCACAUGAGAAUUCCUUUUCACGCAUUUUUGGAAGUGCUUUGUGCAAAACAUCUCGCAAAUUUUGGAACCAAGCCCGUAGCUGAAGAACAACAUCGGUUGCCUUGAUUCACCUUCCCUUGCAAAAGAAACAGUGUUUAAACAAAUUGAAAGAAAAUCCACUCUGGAAGCACACGGUAUUGCAGCAGUGUUAUGCUGCCUUGUUCUCUUGAGGCUUCCAUUGUCACCGAGAAUCUGCCCUGACUGCGUUUGGGCCCCUUUGCACUUAGAUGAGAAAUGAAUUGGUUUCCAAUCAUAUUUUUCUAUUUUCACAUAGUUUUGUUUAAAUUUGCUAGGUGAGGAUUUAGUUAAAAAAAAAGUUUAAAUUCUACUUGGUUGUGCGCAGUAAACUGUUAUUAUAUCCCCAUUCAGGACCGAUGCACAAUUUCAGUGGACUCUUAUGACGAGAACAUUCGUACCAAUUUUUAAAGUAAAAACUUUUGUAGUUACGGAACAUUCUUUAGCUGCUGAAAAGGUUUUUUUUCAGCAAUGUAACGUGAUUGACAGCUGGCUGGCUUUCUCCCCCGCAAAUCAGAUGCAACCGCCUUUGUCCCGCCGAGUUAUUCAUAUCAUCUACAGCUUCCUACGGUUUCUAUCACACGUGUUGCGCCUUCGCUUGAAUGCACAAGCCAACAAACACGGCUGAGCACGCACACGGCAACGGAGCUGCAUAAAGUCACCAAUGUUGAGUUACAAGUUGUUAUCUUGCCAUGGUGAACAUUCAAUGAAAUUGACAGGACUUGUGUUCAAAUGAAAUAUUACUCUUUAAAAUCCCAGCUCUCUUGGUCCAUUUUGCGUUGAAUUUCCUUUACGAAAGCGACACAUUUUCUGACGUUCCAUAGGGUUAGAACUCCACAAACUGUGCAUACUUCUAUUGUAUUUUUGUGCAUAUUUUUAAUGAAAGUGCUCAUUUCGUUCAUAAAUCUGCUGGUGGUUUUCUUUUUUGUGUUGUAAAGUUCAAUUUUACGUAAGUGUGGGAUUGCGCCACAUUGAAUGUUACGUGAUUGUAUUGUUUAUGUAUUAUACAAUAAAAUGUUAUUACUGUUGA